AUGUCGCAACCCAACAAGAACGAGCGCAAGCGUCUGCUGCGCUUGAGCUGCCCCUUGGUGGCAGCCAAGCGCGCCGCCUACGAGACGAAGGCGAGCCUCGAGGAGGAGGCUCCUGACGCAGCUCCUGACGCUGAGGCGACGAAGAACGCCACGGAGCGCCAGGUUGGUCUGCUCGAGGAAAUCAAGACUUGGACGAAGCUCGGGGAGCCCAAGGCGAAGGCGGUGGUCGCGUGGUCGCUCGACGCUUCGGAGUCCGUUGGGGCUCUCGUGGACGCGACCCGGGACAAGAAGCACAACGCGGACGUGCAGAAAGCUUUGGACAAGUACUUGGAGACGCAGCGCACGGCGAAGCAUCUCGCCAUUGUGACAUUCAAGUACGCGUUGCAGCAGCAGUGGGUCUGGACCGAGGACGGCGUGUCUGAGUGGCAGACUCCCCGGUGGGUGUACGUCUUGCUCGGUGUCCGCGCGCCGUAG